CGAGUCUCCUGCGAUAUCUCGCUAUCAGUCUAAUUUUCUAUUUACAUUGUUAUCGCCCUCUAUCGAAUGACGGUAGUUUAAGGAAGUUAGCAUCAGUAGAAGUCGCAACGCUUGAAAACGGAUUGCGCAAUUGAAUAUGAUAACAGAUUUGAAUAUAUAAGGACUCACUAUAGAAACUGCCAGAAGCACAAUAUGACAUAAUUUAGUCGAGAUAUAAACGAUUGAAAAUUUCAUCCGAAGUUUAUCCGGUUUUACGGUAUUUAGCUGAUUUUUGUAUUUAUUAUAUGAACAUGGCCAGUGUUUGCAAAAUGUAAAAAAAUUGUUAGCAUUUCAUAGAUAUUCUGCAUUAUGGAAAAUUAUACAAAGAUAAUCAAAUCUACCAAGGAUGUCUGUGAUGAACACUUUUCAUCGGGACUCGAUUUGGAAGAGCAUAUGUUUUUGCACAAUCAUGGUGAAAAUCGUAAUGGCACAGAAGAUUUAAACCAAUAUCCAUCUGAUAACGAUGUGGGAACUAGUCAGCAUACCAACACCGGCGAGAAUUGUGGAAAGGUUAUCACAAAUAAAACUCGUUCACUAAGUGUUGAUGAAGAGAAUUCUGAUGUUCAUGCACAAUGUAGAAAAAGUGGUUUGGCUGUUCCAACUGGAAAAUGCGAUAAUAAGUUACAAACCAACAGGGGAGAUAAGCCAUAUGUUUGCCAACAAUGUCGAAAAAACUUAAAAUGGAAGAGAAAUUCAUGUAUGAAUACGAGAAAUCAUACUGGAGAGAAACGUUAUGUUUGUAAACAAUGCGGAAAGAGUUUUUCACAAAUAUUUAGUUUACGAUUGCAUGAACGAACUCAUACUAAAGAGAAACCUCAUGUUUGUGAACAAUGUGGAAAGAGUUUCUCGUAUAUAUCCAAUUUACGUGUGCCUGAGCGAACUCAUACAGGUGACAGGCCUUGUAUUUGUUAACAAUGUGGAAGAAGUUUUUCACAAUCAUCUAAUUUACAUAGGCAUGAACGAACCCAUACUAAAGAGAAACCUUAUGUUUGUAAACAAUUUGGGAAGCGUUUUUCACAAUUAUCCAGUUUACGUGUGCAUGAGCGAACCCAUACUAAAGAGAAACCAUAUGUUUGUAAACGAUGUGGAAAGGGUUUUUUACGAUUAUCUGAUUUAAAAAGUCAUGAACGAACUCAUACCGGAGAGAAACCUUAUGUUUGUAAACAAUGUGGAAAAUUUUUUUCACAAUUAUUCAAUUUACAAAUGCAUGAACGAACUCAUAGCGGAGAGAAACCCCAUGUUUGUAAACAAUGUGGAAAGGGUUUUUCACAGUUAUCCAAUUUAAAUAGGCAUGAACGAAUUCAUACUGAUGAGAAACCUUAUGUUUGUAAACAAUGUGGAAAAAUUUUUUCACAAUUAUUCAAUUUACAAAUGCAUGAAUGAACUCAUAGCGGAGCGAAACCCCAUGUUUGUAAACAAUGUGAAAAGGGUUUUUCACGAUUAUCUGAUUUAAAAAGGCAUGAACGAACUCAUACCGGAGAGAAACCUUAUGUUUGUAAACAAUGUGGAAAGGGGUUUUCACAAAUAUUCAGUUUACAAAUGCAUGAGCGAACUCAUAUCGGAGUGAAACCUCAUGUUUGUAAACAAUGUGGAAAGGGUUUUUCACAAUUAUCCAAUUUACGUAGUCAUGAGCGAAGUCAUACAAGGUAACAAGCCUUUUAUUUGUAAUAAAUGUGGAAAGUGUUUUUCACAAUUAUCUACUUUACAUGUGCAUGAACGAACUCAUAAUGGAGAGAAACAUGUUCGUAAACGAUGUGGAAAGAGUUUUCCGUAUUCCUGUGAAUGAUGCAAUAAAGUUUUUCAAAGUCACAUUAUUCACAGGUGCAUAAAAAAAGCGGUCUAUCAUCCGCUCUGCAUGAAUGAACUGGAACUGGAGAAAACCUCAUGUUUGUAACCAAUGUGGAAAGUUUUUUGCAAUUAUCUCGUUUAUAUAGACAUGAACAAACUCAUUCCGCAUACUUGAUAUCAGUGCGUGCCUUUUUUUUAUCAUUUCGCAGAUGUUUUUGUGUAAUUGUCCUGUUUUUAUGUACACGAGCAAUUGGAGCAAAGUCAUACGGAAGAGAAAUCUUACAUUUAUAAACAAUAUGUAAAGCAUUUCAUCACUAUUAUACAAUUAAAGAUAAUUAUCUAUUCUUGUUAUAAGUAUCAUACAUGGGAGCAAUACAGAAAGGACAAUACGUUGUAAACAGCA